AUGGACAAGAGUUGGAUUGCAUUGGGUAAGACACCUGAUGGAAGGAUGAGUCGGCCAUUUAUUGAUGGGGUGACAUCAUUUAUCAAAUUUGCAAUGGCAGUUGUUGGCCAGGAAGGUAAAAUUCCGUGCCCAUGUUUGAACUGUGUGAACUAUUAUUCCCAAAAUCUUCGAAAUGUGCAAAUUCAUUUGCUUCAAUAUGGGAUUAUGCAAACGUACACUAUUUGGCAUGAGCACGGGGAACCACGUGUAUCAAAUGAGGCUCAUCAUGAAAUGGCAAUUGAUGAAGAUGAGGUUUUAGGUGGUAUUGAUGCCUUAGUGGAAGAUCGAAUAAGAGGAGAACCCAACGAUGCACCCCAGAAUGAGAAAGUACAAACGUUUGAUAAACUAUUGAAUGAUGCCAAACGUGAGGUGUACUUAGGUUGCACAAACUACACUCUAUUGAAGUUUGUCAUUGAGCUGCUUAAUAUGAAGGUAACAAACCACUGGAGCAAUAAGUCGGUUAACACACUAUUGGAGUUUUUAACAAAACUUUUACCAAAAGAUAAUUUGGUUCCAAAGUCAUUUUAUGAAGCUAAGAAAAUACUUCGAGAUUUGGGCUUGUCAUAUGAGUUAAUUGAUGCUUGUAUAAAUGAUUGUGUACCCUUUUGGAAGGAAAAUGCAAGGUUAGAUAAAUGUCCAAAAUGUAAGGCAUCCAGAUACAAGAUCAAUCGUGGCAGGGGUAAGAAGAUUCCCCAUAAGGUGUUGCGGUACUUCCCAUUAACACCAAGGUUGAAAAGAUUGUACAUGUCAAGAAAGACUGCUGAGGACAUGAGAUGGCACAAGGAGAAACGUAUAGAUGACGGAGUAUUGAGACAUCCCGCCGAUAGUGAUGAAUGGAAGGAAUUUGAUGUGCAACAUCCUCAGUUUGCCCUGGAGCCUCGAAAUGUGAGGUUAGGGUUGGCUGUUGAUGGGUUUAAUCCUUUUGGGAACAUGAGCAACUCGUAUAGUUUAUGGCCUGUAGUACUCAUUCCUUAUAACUUGCCACCUUGGUUGGUUAUGAAAGAUCCCUUUCUUAUGAUGUCACUACUUAUUCCUGGAGAAUCACAACUAGGGAUCGAUAUUGAUGUCUACAUGAGACCUCUGGUGGAUGAGUUGAAUGAGUUGUGGGAAAAUGGUGCAUUAUCUUACGAUGCCAUAACUGGUAAGACUGCAUACACUAACCAUCGAUGCUACUUGCCUCAAAACCACCCCGAAAGGCGAAAGAGUAAGGCUUACAAUGGUAAGCAUGAGAAGCAAAAGAGAUCUUUAAAGUUACCAGUGGAAAAGAUAUUAGAGCAAUUGGAUAGAGUGACAGGUGUCACAUAUGGGAAGCAUCCAAGAAAUAAGAAAAGACUCCGUCAGGCACCAAAUUGGACAAAGGUAAGCAUCUUGUAUGAGUUACCAUACUGGAAGAAACGGAAGCUUUGA